AUGGACUGGCACUCCUUCAGGAUAGCUGCCCUGCUGCUCACUUCCCUGGUGGUGCUUGAAGUUAACAGCGAAUUUCAAAUCCAGGUAAGAGAUCAUAACGCCAAAAAUGGUACCAUCAAGUGGCAUCCCAUCAGAAGGCAGAAACGAGAAUGGAUCAAGUUCGCUGCAGCCUGUCGCGAAGGUGAAGACAACUCAAAGAGAAACCCAAUUGCCAAGAUCUACUGCCGAGCACUGAAUGCUCAAGGUCAAGACUUGGAGAAUCCACUGGCGCUUAGAGUCAGAGUGAUGGAUGUAAACGACAACACUCCCAAGUUUUCAAUGACUAAAUUUCUAGGACAAAUAGAAGAAAAUUCUAAUGCAACUCAUGACAUGAAAAAGUCUUUAAGUAGUCAGUCGGAUCCUUCUGACUCACCAAUGUUCAUCAUCAACAGAAAAACUGGAGAAAUCAGAACAAUGAAUAAUUUUCUAGACAGAGAGCCCCUAGAUUAUGAAGCCAUGAAGAAUCUACAGCUUAGUAUUGGUGUUCGAAAUGUAGCUGAAUUCCACCAGUCAAUUCUUUCUCAAUAUAGACUCACAGCAACUAUGGUCACUGUGACUGUGAUAAAUGUCAUCGAGGGCUCUGUGUUCCGGCCAGGUUCAAAGACAUUUGUAGUAGACAGUAAAAUGGAAGCAAAUCACAGAGUGGGAGAGUUUGUGGCUACAGACCUGGACACAGGUCUAGCUUCCACAAAUGUUAGAUAUGAAAUGGGAAAUAACCCAGAGAACUUGCUGGCUGUUGACUCAAGAACAGGCAUAAUAACUUUAAGAAACAGAGUUACUAUGGAACAAUACAAAAGGCUUAAUGGGAGAUAUGAAGGAAUAAUGCUAUCAAUAGAUGAUUCCCUUCAGAGGACCUGCACGGGGACAAUCAUCAUUGAACUUAGUGGCACUGACUGGGUAACAGGUGAUGGCAGUUCCAGUGGCAGUGGUGGUGACCGUGACCGAGUGACUAGUGGUUAUCAAAGCACUUCCACUGUGGAUCCACAACUUGUCACGGGAUCAUGGGGAGUCAGCUCAGGCGGUGGAGGCAGCGGAGUUAGCAACACUCCCAGUAGGCAAAUUACCGUAGAAGAACCUGAACCCUUUGAUAACCUACAAGACAACGUUCACUUUGGGCCUGCAGGCAUCGGGCUGCUCAUCAUGGGGUUCCUAGUCUUAGGAUUGGUUCCAUUCCUGCUGAUCUGCUGUGAUUGUGGAGGGGCCCCUGGUGGUGGAGCUGGAUUUGAACCUGUUCCAGAAUGUUCUGAUGGAGCAAUUCACACGUGGGCUGUAGAAGGGCCACAGCCUGAACCCCAUGAUGGGAUUACCACCAUCUGUGUGCCACAAAUGCCACCUGGUAAUGCCAAUGUUAUAGAAUAUAUUGACAACUCAGGAGUUUAUACAAAUGAAUAUUGUGGCAGAGAAAUGCAAGAUUUGAGAGGAGGAGAAAGAACCACAGGAUUUGAACUGAUGGAUGGAGUUAAAACAUCAGCUGCACCAGAGAUGUGCCAAGAAUAUUCAGGAACAUUAAGAAGAAAUUCAAUGAGAGAAUGUAGAGAUGGGGGUCUCAAUAUGAAUUUCAUGGAAAGUUACUUCUGCCAGAAAGCCUAUGCAUAUGCGGAUGAAGAUGAAGGACGUCCAUCCAAUGACUGUUUGCUCAUCUAUGACAUCGAAGGUGUGGGUUCCCCUGCAGGCUCCGUGGGCUGUUGCAGCUUCAUUGGAGAAGAUCUAGAUGAGAGCUUCCUGGAUACCUUGGGGCCCAAGUUUAAGAAGUUGGCAGAUAUCAGCCUGGGAAAAGAAAUAGACUCAUACCCAGAUCCUGAUCCUUCUUGGCCUCCUCAGAGCACCGAACCGAUGUGUCAGAUACCUGACUUAAGAGAUGGAGCAAAUGUUAUAGUGACAGAAAGGGUAAUAGCACCAGGCUCAAGUCUACCCACUUCUCUAACCAUUCCUAACCCUCNAGAGACCUCAAAUGUAGUUGUGACAGAAAGAGUGAUCCAACCAACCUCUGGCAUGAUAGGCAACCUGAGCAUGCCCCCUGAGUUAUCAAGUGCCCACAACGUGAUUGUGACAGAGAGAGUGGUUUCUGGUGCAGGUAUGGGUGGAAUUGCUGGCACUGCUGGNUUANGUGGGNUUGGAGGCAUAGGCAGCAGUGGCCUUGUUAGCACCACCAUGGGUGCUGGUGGCACUGGGCUNANCAUGGGAGGGACAGCCACUAUUGGCCACAUGAGGAGUGCCUCUGACCAUCACUUUAGCCAGACAGUUGGAUCUGCCUCCCCUAGCAUGGCUCGAAGUCGAAUCACGAAGUANANUACGGUACAGUAUACCAAGUAG